AUGUUCCUAAACCUGAUCAAGGGCCUCGAAAAAAAUGAGGCCAAGGAAGACGUAAUCAGCGUAAAUAUUCAGAAAUUGCUUGGAGACAAAACAUACGAAAAGAGGAAAAAGGGGGCGCAGGAAAUCGCGGAGGUGGUGAAACUUUUGCUGCUGAAGGAAAAGGAGGAUGAACAGGUGCAGGUGGAUUACAUACUGAAUCAGGGUGACCAGGAUGGAGGCGUGUCCGAUGAAUACAACAACUUUGCACACAAGGAUGUGCACACAUUUGAGGGGUUGAAUUCGCAGACGGAGGUGGACGCAGUAAACAGCGAACACUACUUUAGGGACUACACCGAGCAGGGAAAAAGGACAGAUGAAGUAAGUGUAGAACAGGGGAAAAUGACCGACGAGGUGACCGUCGAUCAGGGAAAGCGAACCGACGAAGUGACCGUCGAACAGGACAACCAUCGGGAAAAAAAAAAAUCCGGAGAAGUGGAAAAGAUGAGCAGCUUGCUAAAAGAACCAAGCGAAGAAAAGCUCCUCCUUGGGUCCGAAAUUAUUAAGAAACUCCUCCUGGAAAAGUACCAAGAGAACUGCCAUAUUGAUCUGGCGAUUGGGAAGACAACAGGUCUGUUUCACGGGAACGAACUGAGUCAGGUAAACAAAAUAUUAUAUGAACACGAUGCUGAUAUAGAGAACGUAACGAAUAAAUACCAAAACAAAAAGGUGAUCAGCAUAAUAAAUUUUUUGAAGGAGAAAUUUGUCCAAAGCAUACACCCCGCUGAAAGGUGUGGAGGACUCAUAGCCUUGGCCUUCAUCUCAAUCACUGUAGAUACGCAAAUAAAAUUUUAUUUCUCUGCCAUUUUGAAGUUAAUCAUUUCAUGCGUAAGUGACCCAGAUCCUAAAGUCAGAUAUUACGUGUGUGAAAGUCUCUACAAUCUUUGCAAAGUAUCCAAAAGUGUAGUUUUUUAUUAUAUCGAGGACAUUUUUGAUUGUCUCUUUCGUAUUUUUUCGGAUACUUGUCCAAAUGUCAAAAGUGGAGGAGCCUUUCUGGACAAUUUAUUAAAAGACCUGACUUGUUCAUACAAUAAUGUUUUUAAUAUUUACAAAAUUAUUUUUAUUUUAAAGGAGAGGAUUGGGAUAGAAAAUUCAAACGCCAGACAAGUCAUUCUAUCUUGGCUUCUUCUCUUUCAGAACAUCAAAACGGUAAACUUAUUUGAAUACUUCCACUUUUUCAUUAGUGAUCUUUUCCUCAUGUUGGCAGAUCAAAAUAGAGAUAUUCAAAAACAAGCAAAUCAAUGUCUCGACCUAUAUGUAGAUCAAAUUAUCACUUCAAAUUAUGAACAAGUCAGGUCAUUUUUUAAACAUAUUGCUUUUAUUUUUAUUGACUUUUCUAUUCACAAAAAUACCAUUAUAAAACAUAAGUGUCUCCUUUGGCUUUAUCAUUUUAUUCAAAUUUUAAAUGUUCAUUUUUAUGACAUUUAUCGAAAUGCAAAAAAAAAUAAUUUGUUCAUUUGUGAGUUGAUUAAGAGAAUUAUCGCCUGCACAGCUCAUCUGCACUUUGAUAUCCACUACACUGCUAGGAAGUGUAGCGAGCUUCUGAUCAGCUUUAUUAAAUUUUCCGACAUGAAGUGUGCCCCUCUUUUGACCAAGCUUGUUUGUUCCAUUAUCUGCAGUACUAUUAGUAAGGUUGAGCUUUCCACGAAGAAUGAAGUCAACCAGACGGGAGAAACCAGGCACUCUGUGGAGGCCCAUCCUGCCAGCGAAGGAAACUCACCACGUGAAAUUAAUCACAGCAGGGGAAAACCGCUCCAACUGAGCAGGCGUCCCAAGGGGGGUACUGAGCAAACGCCGCAGAGGAAAAGCCAACCAGAAAGUGAUCACACCGUGGAGGGGAGAAGCGAACCAGGGAAAGACCCCUCCCGUGAGAGACGCCCACCGAGGUCAGAACCGAGCGGGAGUGAAUCAGGGCAGAUUAACGUGACCGGUAAGGCAGAUAAAGCAGCCUAUCCAAACGAUCCAAUUGGGGAAGACAGUGCAAACGAAGCACACUUGCUAGAAGGUGCACGUGGUGCAGCAAGCGAAGACUUCAGUUACGAGUCCUGCAACCUGUUUUACCAGGAGGGGGACUCCUCCGACGAGGGGAAAAGCAAAGAGGGGGCACAGGCGGACACGUCCCCAAAUGGUGCCAAUGGGGGAGGCCCCCCCCGGAGCAACAACUACAACGCAAAGUUUCUGCAGAAGCAUGAGAGGUUAAUGAACGAACUGAGGAAGAAAAAAAUUCCUCUGCGGGAUCCCCUCAAGACGGAGGCAUACUAUAUUAGGAAGUUGGCCAAGCGGGCCAGCCGUCAUGGGUACGUCAGCGAGGGGGAAGGCACAGGCCUAAGCAGGGGUGCAGUCCACGGUGCAGCCACAGACAGAGAGGCACAGCUAAGCGGUGGGGCAAAAGGGAAGGAACCUUCAAACCGCCGCAUUGACCCAUCGUCGGACAUAGAGGAGGACAUUUUCCAGGACAGUCUAGAUAAGAGGAGCAUCUACCCUGUGAUCAUCUGUCUGCAAUGGUUAAUCGAAAUGCUCAUUUACAAAAACGAAGUGAUAAAAAAACACUACGAUGAAAUAAUCACUUGCGUUUUCAAAUGUCUUAGAAAUAACGACAAGCAGGUGGUACUGCUUUCGCUAACGGUUCUUUCUGCCAUGUGUUCAACCGUCGACAAUAAGUUCCAUUUUUAUGAGCAGGUGAGUAACAAUUUGAUUGCCCUCUUUCGAAACGAUGACCAGUUACUAAUACAUAAAGGAAAAAUAAUCGUCCAACAUUUGUCACGCUGCCUGAACAACAAGAAGUUUUUUGCCUACUUGUCUUACUCCCUAAUCCAUGAAGAGAAGAUACCCUUUGUGACAAAAUUCAUUCAGGUGCUAUGUUGGGUUCUUCUAACGUCGGAGGAGACUAAAUACCUAAGAAAUGCUCUUUUUCUGAAGAAGCAGUAUUCGUUGUUCUCCCUUAUUUUAAUAGCCUGGUUAAGGAACCCAAUUUCGGCCAUUUCGUUCCUUCUAUGGUUACAGAAGUAUAAGUUGGCUUACCUCAUCUGCUCCUACUUGUCUCUGUUGAAUCUGAACUCGGACUUCUUUCAUCAGCUAGACAACUUAAUAUUUCUUCUAGAAUCUCCCAUUUUUUCUAAACAAAGAAUCCACCUUGUGUAUCCGCAGAACUACCCCUUUUUAAUUAAGUCUCUGAUGAUACUCUCCUUAAUGCUUCCGUUGAACACCUCCAAUAAUAUUCUGCAGAAGAGGCUCCAAAUGUCACAGCUAUCCAUUUUGACAAACGGACAGAAGGUCCCGCACUUUCUCGACGCACACAACCAUAACGGGUUACUGCACGGGGAGGACGAUAAGAAGGGUGAGAUAGACCCGGCACUUCUAAACCUACCAGAAGAGAAGGAAUCACCCCAAACGGAUCAGGUGAUUGAAUUACUCAAAAUGGAAGACGAAGAAGAAAAAAAAGAAUACAACCUUGUUGAACUUACCCAGGAGGAAAAGUCUAAAGAGGAGGCCAAGUGGAAUGAAAAAUAUAAUUACCUCCUGAAUGCCGUGCGGCAGAAGCUGAUCACCCAGGGCCUGCCCGACCAGCCAACCGACGAAUGCACUGAAUUUGUGAACAUAUUCAAGACGGUUCUCCGUUCCAGCCACAUUGUUAAAUAUUACGUCUAG